UUGGGAGGAGUCACAUCCUCAUUGAUCCUUACCAUCACAACAAACAUCACUUGAACAGUUCGAUCGUACGAUCUACCCCUCCUGGCCCCAAAGACAGAAGAUGAGGUCCUUACUAACACAUGCCCAACUAGAACGUCUCAAAGAUCACAAGUACAGUGCCAAAGGGACCUCCUUGUCAGAGGUGUUUAUGCAGCCUUUCUGGAAAUGGCUCGUCACUAAGGUUCCUCUAUGGGUGGCCCCCAACCUUCUCACCUUUGUAGGCCUGGUUAUCAACAUUUUUACCUGUCUACCUGUCAUGCUCACGGACCUCAACACAGAGGGAAAGUCACCUCCCUGGACUUAUGUACUAUGUGCUGUGGGGUUCUUUGUCUACCAGUCCCUGGAUGCCAUUGACGGGAAGCAAGCCAGACGCACAAACUCCAGCACUCCUCUGGGAGAAUUCUUUGACCACGGCUGCGAUGCUAUUUCAAUUUUCUUUGUUGCUGUGGUUGGAAUGUGUGCCACAGGGAUGCACGAUCGCCCGUAUGCCAUAUUGUUCUUCGUACUGCUCAUAUUGGAACUGACAUUCGUCUAUCAUUGGCAGACAUACGUGUGUGGAACUCUUCAUUUCAAGACUGUUGAUGUAACUGAGGCACAAUUCACUCAAAUGGCUGUGUUACUAGUAGCUGCUGUUCUAGGGGACUUGGCAUGGGACUACAAUGUGCCAGUCCUGGGGGUUACUUUCAGAGAGGGUGUGGCCUUUGGAACCAUCUUCAUGUCUUUGGCAAACAUGGCACAAGCUUUUAGCAUUAUCCUCACCAGCGGAGUCGGCAAAAACGGAUCCACAGUUGCUGAUACGAGUGUACUGUCUCCCAUAUUUGCCGUGCUCCUGCAAGUUCCAGUGGUGAUCUACUAUGCCCACCAGUCUCCUGGUCACCUUCUGGAGAACCACAGCGUCUUGUUCCUGUCUGCAUUCUGUAUGCCCAUUGUUAAAUCCGUCAUGCUGAUGAUGCUGUCUGGGAUGACCAAGAGUCCUUUCCCCCUGGUGGAUGUCAUCAUGUUGGGGCCACUACUGGCCUACCUCAACCUCUACCUUGGACGACCAUUACCAGAGUACUAUGUUGCCAUAGGACUGAUGAUUUACAAUAUUCUGGAUAUUUCAACGAUGAGCGUGUCACUGUGCCGAGAUAUUGCAGCAUUUUUAAGAGUCUCAGUGUUUUCAAUUCCAUACCCCUCAAAGACUGACUGAUAGUUAUGGACUGUACCUAGACUUAUAUAUAUAUAGCUAUUAUUUUUUUGUGAGUUUUGCAGGUUCACACGACAAAUUUGUUGUCCACAUAAUUUAUAUCAACUUGA